UGCUCCCUUUCUCAAGUCCGGAUGGUGUUCGAUGAAUUGUUCCCGGGUAUAAUAGUUCCCAGGAUAUUUGUUAUGGUGACUCCUGCUAAUUAUGGGAGACAAUUUUGCACCUUUAAACGUCAUAAUUGAUCCCUCGCAAAAAAGAAGAAGUCAUAGUUGAUCAGAAGCCUCUCUGACUUGACUUGACGGUGCUCUAUUAUCUUGUACUCCCUCCGAUCUUGUACUAAAUCAGUGACGCUUAUUAUGGAUCGGAGGGAGUAUGUUAUUUAGUUGAUCAUUCAAAACACGCAUUGAAAUUUUAUGGACCCGUGGUUUGUUUACGACUAACUCAUUCUCAUCAAGCAUUUUUUUAUUGUUUGUCUAGUUUCCUGAGAGACUCACUGAGAGUCUGAGAGAAGUACAUGUCCAACAAACACCAUCCUUCCUGUUUUCUCAUUACCACUGUAUCAUCAUUACUUAUUUCUGUUGUCCAUGUCAAAAAUAAAUGCUUCAUUUGGUUGUAUUGAUGCUUUCAACAGAUGUCACCUGAUUUUUCUUGCCUUUCUAGUACUAUGUACUUGAAUAAAACUUGCAUGCAUCAUUUUAGUUUCGUACCCCCCUUCUUUUUUUGACCCGAACUACGGCGGGCCAAGGCCAGCCUGCACAACUUUAUUGAACCAAACGAAAAUUUACAAAGGAAUUUACAAGGGGCAGAGAAGGAGAUUUCAAAUUACAGGUGCGAUGUAAGAUGCAUGAACAUGAGACCCCAGUAGGUUAGAAUUGAUUUCUUAGCUGAGGAUGAACAGCGGAGGGACCAUAAGGUGAUAUCGGAGGAGCAUCUUUGGGCCACAACAUGCGGCUCUUCCAUAACGUUGUUAAAGACCAGAGCAUUCCUUCUUUUCCAGAUGUUCCAAAGAAUCGAGAUGAUAACCGUGGCAUGCACCCUGUCGUUAGGCCUAUGAACAAGCAGAUCCUGAAUGCGGAGGCAAGAUCUUCAGUCAGGGUGAACUGACUGAAGAGCGUCCCACAAGGGCCGAAUGGACUCGCAGUGAAGAAGCAUAUGUGUAGCCGUUUCGUCGAGGUCGCAGAAGGGGCAUUUUGCGGAGGUCGCCAGCCCGCGUCUGAAGCGCCUGUCGUUGGAGAAGAGCCGGUUCUUGUUUGCAAGCCAGAGGAAGAUCCGACACUUGUUGGUGGCAAAGUUAUUCCAAAUGGCCGGAGCCGCGUGGUCAUCAGCCUUAGGGGCGAAGGCCGCUGAGUAUGCAGAACUUGUGGAUAGAGCCUUACCGUCCAAUCGCCCAACACGUACGUCGACGGCCUGCAAAUUCAAGACAACAGUAGAAACCAAAAUUUGCAAAUCGCCAAGUUCAUUGAGGGCCAUGUUCGACAACCGAGGACGGAACGUCGAGAGGCUGGCAAGCGAAGAAAUGGCUGAGGAGACAGAAAUGUUAGGCCUCAAGGAGUGAGAGAAUAAGGCCGGGAAGCGGGAGGCAAGGGUCUCCUGCCCAAUCCAAAGGUCAAGCCAGAAGGCGGUGGACUCCCCAUUACCAACCGUGACCUUGGAGAUCGACCUAAGGAAAUCGAGACCACUGGCGAUGUCUUUCCAAACCGUAGAGUCAGAGUUUACAUCCCCAAGGUUGCGGAAGGGGGACCAACCAUAGGAGGCGGAAAAGCGUUGUUCCCAGGGUGCAGAACCUGGGGAGUGUACUUUAAGCAGGUGUUUCAAAAGAAGACAUGAGUUGUGGGUGCAAAGGCAGCGAAAGCCCAGCCCUCCUUUUUCAGUGGGCGCGCAGACCUCAUCCCAAGCCACCUUGCAGUUUCCACCGUUUGCAUGGUCCUCGCCCGUCCAAAAGAAAGCGUGGCAGCAUUUACCAAUCUCAUGAAUGGGUGGGGCUAAUGCUGGGCACACCAUAUAUAAUUCUGAGGGGAAGAAGUUUUCACUGCACCUUGUUCCAUCAGGGAUUCUUAACGAGAACACGCAGUGUGUGAUUGGUAAUGGAGCGGUAGUUCACCUUCCUGGAUUCUUUAAAGAAAUUGAUGGAUUGGAGUCUAAUGGAGUUUCCUGUGAAGGAAGAAUUCUAGUAUCAGAUCGUGCCCAUCUUUUGUUUGAUUUUCAUCAAGUUGUUGAUGGACUUAGAGAAGUAGAGCUCGGAAAUUCCUUUAUAGGAACAACAAAGAGGGGAAUUGGACCAUGCUACUCGAACAAAGUUAUCAGGAACGGACUCAGAGUUAGUGAUCUGCGGCAUAUGGACACCUUUGGUGCUAAACUCAAUACCCUACUGAAAGAUGCAGCCCUGCGCUUCAAGGGAUUUGAAUACAGUAGCAAGACGCUCAAAGAAGAGGUUGAGAAGUACGGAAGGUUUGCUGAACGUCUGGGGCCUUAUAUUACCGAUACUGUGCAUUUCAUGAAUGAGUCGAUCUUGCAGAAGAAGAAAAUAUUGGUUGAAGGUGGUCAAGCUACCAUGCUAGACAUCGACUUCGGUACAUAUCCAUUUGUUACUUCCUCAAGUCCCUCAGCUGGGGGAAUUUGUACUGGUCUCGGUAUCGCUCCAAGAAGCAUCGGAGAUCUCAUUGGAGUGGUAAAAGCUUAUACAACCAGGGUUGGAUCUGGUCCAUUCCCAACAGAGCUGUUGGGCAAGACUGGUGAUUUGCUCCGUGCAUCUGGAAUGGAAUUCGGGACUACGACAGGUCGGCCCAGGCGUUGUGGCUGGCUUGAUAUAGUUGCACUCAAAUACUGCUGCCAGAUCAAUGGUUUCUCGUCUCUAAAUCUGACAAAACUAGAUGUGCUUACGGGACUCAAGGAAAUUAAGCUGGGCAUUUCUUAUUGUACUGAAGACGGCAAAACAAUUGAAUCGUUCCCCUCAGACCUUGAUCUUUUGGAGCAAACAAAGGUCAAGUAUGAGGCUCUGCCUGGGUGGGAGGAUGACAUUUCUUUGGUACGUGACUACAAUGAUCUGCCAGAGACUGCUCGUUUAUAUGUGGAGAGGAUAGAGGAGCUGGUCGGUAUUCCAGUCCAUUACAUCGGUGUUGGACCUGGACGUGAUGCCCUCAUAUACAAAUAGGGGGGUUUCCUGAAACACAUCUUAAGACCCACUACUAGGAAAUGGGUCUGUGGAGUUGCAUUGUUCAUGUCCGAGUAAAUGGGAUUUAAUUUAUUGACACAAGAUUCUGACCCUUCUGUUUUCUUCCAGGUGACAGUAAUUGUUACUGCUUGUGUCUUUUACCUAAAAUAAAAGACCUUUUGACACUUAUGUUUCAUAUGUGCCAUGUGUACUUCUGUACGUA